CCAAUCUCUUCUCUUCCUCGACGCAAACAGUAGAUAUAUAGUUUUUAAGUACAAUAAAUACUUAAGAAAAUAUAUAUCAUUUCAGAUUACAGCAUUUCGCGGCCAUGAUGGAAAGCAAAAUGUUGUUUUCAAAACUCACAAUUUUCCUUGUAAUCUCCAUUCUUCUCUGUGUGUCCCCAACACCAGCUUUCGCGGCCAAAAAGUCAUAUAUUGUGUACAUGGGAACUCCUUCGCAUAAAGGUCGAAAAAUGAGUGAGAAAGCUCUUGGUCAAGUUUCAGAUUCUCACUGCAAGUUUCUUGCAUCAUUCCUCGGAAGUACAAAGAAGGCCAAAGAUUCCAUAUUUUACUCGUAUCAAGGAUACAUCAACGGCUUUGCUGCAGUGCUUGAUGAGGAGCAGGCAGCUAAAAUUUCAAAGGAUCCAAAUGUUGUGUCCGUUUUUAAAAAUGAAUUGUUACAAUUGCACACAACAAAGUCUUGGAAUUUUCUUUCACUAGAAAAUAAUAACGGUGCCGCUGACUUAAACUCCUUGUGGACGAAGGCCAAACAUGGAGAAGACAUCAUUAUAGGAAAUCUUGACAGUGGCGUCAUUCCCGAAUUAGAGAGUUUCAGUGACAAAGGAUAUGGACCCAUUCCAAAAAAAUGGAAUGGAAUAUGUCAGAACGGCACCAAAAUUGGAUUCGCAUGCAAUAAAAAACUUAUCGGAGCUAGGUACUUCUACAAAGGAUUUCUUAUGAAUAGGGAGUUGAAAGACCAUUCCAAUUUCUCAUCACCCCGAGACGAUGGUGGCCAUGGAACUCACACAUUAUCAACGGCAGGUGGGAACAUUGUGCCUGGAGCAAAUAUACUUGGCGCUGCAAAUGGAAUUGCAAAAGGCGGUGCACCUAGAGCCCGAGUGGCUGCUUAUAAGGUAUGCUGGCCACCAGUAGAUGGUAAGGGUGGAUGCAGUGAGGCGGACAUCCUCAAAGCCUUCGAUCAGGCCAUACGUGACGGAGUUGACGUGCUUUCAGUGUCGCUUGGUUCAGUCCGACCCACUGAUUACGUCGACGAUGCCACUUCAAUUGGGGCAUUCCAUGCUGCUAAGCAUGGCAUACUUGUGGUGGCCUCAGCCGGGAAUGAAGGACCCGGAGAUAGUACUCUCUCCAAUCCUGCCCCAUGGAUACUAACAGUUGCGGCGAGCACCAUGGAUCGUGAAAUUGUUGCUAACGUUGAGCUUGGCAAUGGAGCGCGCUUCAAGGGAGCUGGUGUUUUUAAACCAAUGCGACAAGAAAAACCCAUUCCGAUUCUUACUGGGGCACAGGCUAAAGCUGCCAAGGCUAACGAAAAAGAAGCUUUGUUUUGCAAGGAGGGAGCACUGGAUCCCCAGAAGGCUAAGGGUAAAAUCGUGGUGUGUCUUAGGGGCGGCGAAGUUGAUAGAGCAGACAAAAGUGUAAAUGCUGCUCGUGCUGGGGCUGUUGGAAUGAUUCUUUGCAACGACAAGGCUGAUGGUGAUGCUAUCGUUGCUGAUCCUCACACGAUUCCCGCUUCGCAUCUCAAUUACACAGCUGGUCAAGCUCUUUUUGCCUACAUCAACUCAACCCAGAAUCCGCAGGCUACUAUUAAGGAUACCACAACACAACUCAACACAAAGCCUGCUCCAGUCAUGGCUGCUUUCUCCUCUAAGGGUCCAAACAUUUUUACACCAGAGAUCCUCAAGCCUGAUAUCACUGCACCAGGAGUAAGUGUGCUAGCUGCAUUUGGAUUACCUAUAUCAGGCUUUGAUAAGCAAACUGUUUUUCCCUUCAACCUUUUAUCUGGAACAUCCAUGUCUUGUCCUCACGUUUCUGGUAUUGCCGCCCUUCUCAAAGCAAUCCACCCUGAUUGGAGUCCCGCUGCCAUUAAAUCCGCAAUCAUGACCACCGCAAGCACAAUAGACAACACUGGUAGUCCAAUCUUAAAUUCUUCUAAUAUUAAGGCAACGCCAUUCAGUUACGGUGCUGGGCACGUACAGCCAAACCUUGCUGCAGAUCCUGGCUUGGUUUAUGACAUGACACCUUCGGAUUACAAGAAAUUCCUUUGUGCAAGUGGAUAUGAAACACACAAGGUUCAGCUCUUUGCCAAGAAGCAUGUAUGUCCCAACUUUACAGAUCCUCUCACUAUAUUAAACCUCAACUAUCCUUCAAUAACCGUCCCGGAACUCUCUGGCUCAGCCACCGUGAGACGAACACUGAAGAAUGUUGGCCCUCCCGGCAACUAUAAAGCCCGUGUUGUUUCCCCACAGGGAUUUUCAGUUAUUGUUAAACCUGAUGUCUUUAAAUUUACCAAGGGUGGUGAACAGAAGACAUUUUCUGUGACAUUGAAAGAAGAUCAGAAAAAUAAAAAAGCUAGUGAUGACGAAGACUAUUCAUUUGGAGAGUUAAUAUGGUCAGAUGGGGUACAUAACGUCCGGAGUCCGAUUGUGGUUGCCAAGGAGCCUGAAUUGAAAUCCCCGAACUCUAAAACAAAGGAGUAGAUAUAUAUAAAUAUGUGUGUGUAUAUAUAUAUAUGUAUAAACAAAGUGAACUGAAAGAGAAGUAAACAUGGAGCAGUUACAUAAAGACUUAUUUGAAUUAUUAUUACUCAAUUUGUACAGAUAUGACGGUUGAUGGAUUCAUAUAGAGGAUGUCAAUACAUGUGUUGUGUUCUUUUCUUCUUUUAAUCCGCAUUUUUUGGUCAUUGUCUAUGUACUUGUGACUGUGGCUUAAAUUACCAAUUUUAAUAUCAGAAUUUUAGAAAAUCUAGCCAUUAUCA